AUGAGUGCCAUCCAGGCCAGCUGCCCGCAUCGCGUGUUUUUGCGUGGGCUGCCGUUGGCAUUGGCCGAGAGGUCGACUCUGCGAAGCAUUUGCAGCGCUUUCGGCGAUGUAGAAGAUGCAUGGGUUCGUGUGGUGGACCGCACAGCCGGGCUGCAUGAAAGCUGGAGCUUCGUGCAGUUUGUGAGUGGCGCAGGGGCGAGCUCAACGGCGGAAGCUGGGCAAGAUGUCUGGGAGCGCGUGGCUCAAGCUCAAGGGCUACAGAUCGAUGCAUCAUCCAUAAAUGCCACACUUCUACAACCUCAGAAGCAUGUUGAGGGUGAAGUCCUUGCAGAGUCGGUCGUUCUUGAAGCGUUGGAAGCUGAAGACGUUGGCAACUUUGACUUCGAAUCUUUCAGAGAAAGAUUUUCGAUGUGGCUCGGGCGUCCUGUGUUGCGCCGCGAUGCCGAGAUUAUAUUCAAAGUUUUACACGAGCACAGGCCAGAUGCAACAGUGCACGGAAUACUUCGCUCUGUGAAAGACGUUGAUGAUGACGAAGUGCUCGCAGGAACAGAUAUUCUUCUGGUUAUGGCAUACUCAGCCAACUAUGCUCCCGGAGCUGUUUGCCAAAGGGUUAACUAUGAGUACUCCAGAAAGCAUGGCUACGGCUUUAAAUGCGAAGUCCUAACCAAAGAGGACAUGCUGGCCGCGAUUUCCCCCCGCGAUGCGUUCACUUGGUACAAAGUGUUGAUGUUGAAGCGAGAGCUGAGCACCGAAAACUACAAGUAUGUCGUUUGGCUUGACGGUGAUGCUGCCAUUCUCGACCACGACAAGUCCUUGGAGAGUUUCAUACAUCAGGCGAAGGGUCGCCACCUCAUUCUGCAGGAGGAUCUCUCUGCGGAGUGCCGAGUCAAUUGCGGUGUGAUGAUCUUUAGGAGGUCCAACUGGGCUUCGACAUUGCUCAGAUUGUUGUGGGAAGGAAACCUUUCCAGACGACAUCACUGCAAGCCGUACUAUGAGCAAUCGGCACUGGUGCGACUCUUAGUGGAAGCCAAGGAACUCCCAGCCAGGCCUUCGACUGCACGGCUCCAGCACUCCUGGCAUUCCGACAAAGUUUGUCUUCUGCCGCUGCGCUCUUUGCAGACAAACCGGCUGCGCGAGGUGCAGCUCAUCCACCCGGACAAAAGUUUCAUUUUCCAUCCGCUUUUUGCGUCAGAGCAGUUCGCAGAGGACAAGGCGCAAGCUCUGUGCUCUGUGUUGGCAAGCAUGGGCCACUCGAUUCGCGAGGGCGACAUGCUGUCAGUGUCCGCACAACUGUAUGCCAUCAUGUGUGCACGGUGCCUGGCAAGACUCGCAGCAUUUAGCGUAUGCGGCUGGCUGGGAGGACUGGAGAUGAUGCAGCGACAGCUUGAUGGUCUUUGUCGAAGGCUCAGUGCCGCAGGGUGUGCUCUGUUGCAUUGCCGACCCCGCGCUGCUUGGCAGAUUCUCCUGCGCGGAAACGCUGACGAGGUGCAUCGCAUUGAGGGACGGCCUUUGUUGCUGCUCGACAAAGCAGCGCGGCUUCGCGACAAGGUUUGCAAACGAGCACCAGUGCUGCAGGAGCAAUGGGACCAGUUGGGUGUGGAGACCGUGUGCGUGGUGGUUAGAGGCAUCAGUGGCGAGAUCAUUCUGGAGGAGCCGGAGGCCAGGUCAAGGACCCCGGUGAAGCAACUCGUGACGAAGAUCCGAGCCAUGGCAGACACGGAGGCCGAAUUGGUUCAGAUAUGCCUCGGCACCACAGUGCUCAAGCACUGUGCGAUGCUAGGCGAUUACCUGGUCCCAGAGAUAGACCAGAGCAUGUUGGCGCAAGCCUCGGGCGAAGGUCAAUCGGAAUUGACCUUUCUCAAGCUCUUGGGCCCUGCUGUGACUGUGGAGGCACUGACAGGACGUGAGAUCAAGUUGCUGGACUCGGUUCCCAGCCGAGGCGAUCGCUGUCACUUCGACGUAGCCUCAAUUUGCUCGGCCUGUCCGCUUCAACGUUCUGUUGCUUUUCUUGACGCGAUGAGACACAUGGGUCUCGUUUUUCGCUCCCGCAGACAUGUCCAUGUGCUUGAUUGUCCGAGUUGGCGCUCACAACGGACCAAGGAUCGAAGCUACCGAUUCAUUUCUUUGGGCAGCUUUGCUGACAAGCCGUCCAUGCGCUAUGUUAUGACAAGCAAUGACGACAAGGACUGGCAGAAUUUGGCAAACUUUGACAUGUUUGGGGAUGAGUGGGGGCAUCUUCAGAUACCUGCUGUGCAUGUGUCAGGGGACUCCUUCUGA